AUGGUGCGUCGGAGUCCCGGCUUUGUGAGCAAACAGCCACAUUCCAAAUCAAGAGGCGGAUGCUUAACGUGUAAAAGGAAGAAAGUCAAGUGCGAUGAGGCGCGGCCAAAAUGUCGUUACUGCAGCCAGAGAAAGUUCGAUUGUGAAUAUGUUCAGAAGUCUUCAUCGGCAACACCGGAAUCAUUAUCCAGUCACGAGACUUCACCACAACCCCUGAGUAACGAGGUUGAUUUCUGCAUCUCUUCCUUUCAAUCUCUCGUUCCUCCAUCCAAUACAUCGAUAGGUAUAUUUACCUCACUCGAUCACUAUUUACUGCAAUACUAUGCAACCCACGUCUGGCAGCGCUUCGUAAUGUGGGAUGACCCGGUGGUCAAGAAUGUACACAAAGAAGUUGUUCCAAAAAUGGGCAUUUCGCAUACCUUUCUACUCUACUCACUUCUAAGCAUCGCAGCCACACAAAGCAAUAUCCAAACUCCAAGUAAACAAGUAGAAAAGCAAGCCCUGAUAUACAGACAAAAAACCUUCGAUUCCUACAAAACCGCACUUCAACACAUCACUCUGGAGAAUUACGAAGCUGUGCUCGCAACAGGAACGUUUUUGCUUUCCCUAGUACUACCAUUGCCCUCCUACACGGACGACGAAUACCUAGACUGGAUAUUCUCGCUAUUGAAACUCAGCGAGGGCCUGCGCGUUCUAGCCUCUCUCCGCUGGGACCAUGGUAUUGAGAAGCUGUCUGUAUAUCCACUUGUACGACGAGAGUCGCGUAUACUGCCUCCACCACCUAUCAUCAACCCAGCUACCUGUGUAUCCACCGGUCCCUUGGGCGCCACACCCACAUCUCCUAAUCCACCACCAACAUACACAUCCUCUCACCUUGCGGAUCAGCAUGGUCUCUUCCUGCCACCCCUUCUCACAGCACUCUUUGAAAGCACCGUGUCUUUACAAGAUGAGCCCAGGCCAUAUAUCGCUACGCUUCUACCGGCUUUUCACGCUCUAUCCCCGAUUUUUCUCUCACUGUAUUAUCACCGCCUUACCGAAGACUUUGGCAUCCGCAUCUCUGUCUUCCCAUCCUUCCUCAUGCCGGAAUUUCUUCAUCUCGUACGGCAACGCGAACCCCGCGCUCUGGUACUUAUAGCGUGGUGGUUUGCGCUUGCGGAUUUGGUGCCACAGGGAUGGUGGGUUGGUGAGACGGUAAGGAGGGUUGUUACAGCUGUUGGGCGUGAGGUUGAGCGUGGAGAUGAUGAGGUGGCUAAGGUGGCAGUUCGUGGUGCGGAGAGAAUUGUGCAAGUGUUUGAAUCUGAGGGUCGCGAAGAGGCAGCAAAGAGUGUAUUUGAGGGUUGGAGAGGGGUGAGGUGGGAGGUGGGACCAAUGGAUUUGGCGGCGUGGGAGACCGCGCAGUUGGUGCAUCUGGAGAGUCGGUUUCAUGAUAUAACAGUAUAG